AAGAAAGCCUUCUCAUCCCCAAAAGCAAGAGCUACUUUGAAAGUUGUCAGGAAGAGCAUUUGCACCAUUGUCCUUCUCACUAUCACUGCAGUCACAGGAACUACAGGACACAACUCCUCAUCCUUAGUGAUGACUGUAGGUAACAGCUCAGUUCUCAACUGCUCUUUCAAAGGAAAUAUAAGUCUGCUUAAAUGGACAAUAACCCCGAAGGCCGGAGGCGUGUGCACCUUGUUAUACAGGGCUGAUAAGAAGAAGACACACAGAACAACCUGCAGUGACAACAUAAACUUGAUAUUCACAGCAGAUCUGCCUCCUGCCCUUGAGAUACGGCAAGUGGGACUAGCCCAGGAGGGAAAUUACAGCUGUGAUGUGGCAUCAGCAGAAGGGAAUUUCCACAAAAGGUACCACCUGACCGUGCUGGCGCCCCCGAGGCUGAGCCUGUCCUGUGACGAGCAGGGCAGCCCCGUGUGCGAGGCAGCGGCAGGGAAGCCGCCGGCUCAGCUCUCCUGGGCCCCAGAGGGCAGCUCCACUGCAGAGGAGAGGUGCCACGACAACGGGACAGUGACUGUUCUCAGCAAGUUCACAGCAUGUAGCACCAGAGUCACCAAUGUGACCACCUGCAUGGUGUCCCACCCAGCUGGGAACCGGAGCCAGUCCAUAGCCUGCUGUCCCUCAGAGAAGACUGGAUUCUUUCUUCCCUGUGUCAUCAGCCUUAUCGGCCUUAUGAGUCUCCUGUUCUUGCUCGCUGCUUUUGAGCUCUACAUCUUCUUUAAUAGCUGUGUCAACACCAUGACCAGUGGCAACUACUUCUAG